AUCUUAAUAAAAAAAUACUUUAUUGACUCCUCAAUGCAUAGCCACCAAAAUGGUUAAAAUUUAAAAUGAAUAAUACCAAUAGUUGAUGAGGAUAUGCUUCAGUGGAAAUUCCCGUACACUGCUGGUGGGAAUGUAACUUGGAGCAGUCAUUGUUUGCCAUUACCUACUACAUUUGGCACAUAUCUUGUGACUCCUCAGGUCCAAUCUUUGGUCUACAGAGAAUGUUCAUAGCAACCUUAUUCCCAAUUUUUAAAAAACUAGGAAAACUCAAAGGUAUAGCCGUAGUGGAGUGGAUAAAGGCAUAGUCAGGUAGUGGAUUUCUCUACACCAGUGAAAAUGAAAUGAGUUACAGUAUAUGCAGCAACGUGGAUGAAUCUCACAAAAAUAAAUGUUGAGUGAAAGAAGCCUGAUGUACAUACUUAUAUUUAUACUGUGUAAUUCCAUAUAGAUAAGAGAGUUCAUAAUCACAGAGUUCAAGACUGUUCUGUGGUAUAAGAAGUUAGGUUAGCAGUUACCUCUACAGAAGACAAAGGGUAUAGAUUAUUGAGACAGGUAGGAUAGAGGAUUCUGGAGUGCUGGUAAUGUUCUGGUGACCCAGGUGGUUAUUAUACAGAAGUGUAGUGAUAUUCAGGAUCUUUUUACCCGCUAUUGGCCAUUCGUAUAUCUUCUUUGAAGCAAUGCCUAUUUGAGUUCUUUGUCAUUUUUGAAUUGGUCACUUUACAUUUUUAAAUAUACCACCCAUCCAGAUGAAUAUUCCUUGCAGUAUUGUUUUAAUACACUUAUGGAAGAAAUAACAUUUUCAAACUAGAUUUGAUACUUCCAUAUGUGAAAUACUCUGCAACCAUCAAAAACAAUGAGGUAGAAGCAUAUGUGUUAACCUGGGGAAUUUUUUCUGUGAUGUAUUGUUUAAUCCCAUUGUAAAUUCAUAGAAGAGAAUCUGGAGGGAUAUGUAUCUCACUGGAAAGGGGAAUAGGGGUAUGUAGAUAGCAAGAACAUUUCAUUUUUUCUGUUUGCUGUGUAUUAUUUAACACCUUUACAGUGAGCAAGUAUUACUUUGUAAAAUUUGAAAAAAAUAUAUUGUUAUCUCCCCUUAACUCCACCCUGUCCAAGCAGGUAAUUUCCAAGGAUCCUUCUUAAUGCAACCACCUCAUAAAAUAGAUAUUUUGUGACAAAAAAUUUAAUUCAGAUAUUUCAUUUGGAGGGAUGAGAGCAUAGGUUUUAAUCUAAAAUGUGAUGCCACAUUUUACUGCUUGUGUGCAUUUGGCUUCUCUGGUUUUAAGUUUCCUUAUCUAAAAAGAGCAGCAAGAUUGUUUUGAAGAUUAGGAAUAAGGCAUUUAAAACUCCUGGAUACUUAACAAAUGUCAGCUGUUAUUUAUUGACUUAUCAUCUACUCUGUUAUGUCAUUUAAAUUCAAGGGUGUCAGAAACUAGAUAUAUUUAGUUUUUGUAGCUACUUAAUGCAUUAUUUGUUGGUAUAAAUCUGUAUGCCAGUAUCUCACCGUAUACCACAGAAACAAAUGAAUUACAGUAGUUUUCAUGGGGCCAUGACUGGGGAAGGAGCCCCUUCGGCCGGCCACUUGAAUGGCGUUUGCACAGUAAGUUUUUUGCCUUCUUGUUGAUGGUAGCUGAAUGUUUUUUGUCGGCAGAUGUAGAAGUCGCUGAGGCUUUUAUCUGGAGGGAAGACUCAGUAAUUGGAUGUGAUGCUGAUAAAAUCCCUAUAUUAAUUUAAGAAGUAGUUUAUAAGGUUAUAAAUUAGCCUGGAUUUGUACCAUAAUUUUGAAAUAAAAAAACUGUUUGGUGUGUCCUUUUAGGAAACUGGUCCUCUACUAUUGCUUUUGUUGUUGUUCUUUUACAUGUAGUUUCGCCUUAAAAAAAGUUUUGUGCUUUUUUUCCCUUUAUUUUCAGGUGUUUCCUUCUGGAUAGUUUCUGUUUUCUUUCUUUGAGUUCCUAGCACUUUGCUCUUCCAUAACCAUGUUUCUUUACAUGCCCCUUUAGUAUGAAGUAACCAGACCCGGUAUCAAGUAAAAUAAGUCUAGGUUUUCACUUUUCCUAUGUUAGCAUGUUGUAUUGAAUAUUCUUCCCAUUGAACAUGUGCUUAUAUUCUGGAGGCUAAUACUUUAAGGAUCAGAUAUUAAAAUCAGUACCCUAGGAGGCAUUGGUGUAAGAUUCAAAGGAGUAACCAGGAUGCUAGGACGCUUAGGGAAGUUUUCUCUCGAAUACAUUGCAAAGGAUAAAUCAAGAUAUUAUUUCCACACUCUGCAUCAGGGAAAAACAGAAAAUUCAUAAUCCCACAUACUUGAAAAGUGCUUUGGGGUUUAUGAAUACCUGACUUUUGAUAUAAACUUGUGAAGUAGUAGGGGCAGGGAAUAUAUUUCUAUUCCUCCACACCCCUUUUUUAACAAAUGGAACACUGAGAUUCAGAAAGGUUAAACAACUUGCCAGAGGUUUCACAACUAGGACUUACUGAUCUUCUGACAUCUAGUAGUCAUCAUAGCCAACACUUGUGCAGUUCUUACCAUGUGCCAGGCAUGGUGCCAAGUACUUGUCAUGGGUUGACUUGGUUGUGAUUAAUUAACUCAGAACUCAGAAUCUUCCCACUAUAGGAAACUGGCUAGAGGUAAAGGUUAGUGUUCUAUUUCUCAAAACAAAUAUUUAAUAUCUUUUGCUUUAAUUACAGUAGGAGUAAAUAAAAACAUAUGUGGAUUUUCACGAAGCCUAUAUGAACAGAACAGAAAUUAGGGCAAAAUAGGGGUUAGAUAGAAUGAAGACAAGUGCUUAUAGGAACCUAAUUAAUUUACUAAUUUUGUCUCAGCCACCAUCGUUUCCAAUGCCUUUCUAAUAUUUCAAAAAAAUAUCCUUCAAUCUUUCCUCAUGAUGCAUAAAAGCUAACUAGGAUCUCCAUUGUGUGAUGGAAUUUUCCACCCUCCUCCUUGAUCAUCUUGUUCUAGUUUCUUCCCCGUAACUGUGCUGGGCUCCACUCUAGUGUUCUCUGGGCAUGCCGUGUGGUUUCAUAGCUUUCCCUUUUCUUCGACUUCCCAUAUCUGACAUGCCCUCCUCCCUGUUUUGGCCAGUUGAAAUCCUCCUUGUAUUUUAAGACUCUGCUUUGUCUUGGAAAGCUUCCUGAUCUGUCUGUCUCUCCCUGACCCCAUCUCCUGGUCAGGUCUGACUGCAGCUCUUCCAGGUGCUCACUGACUCACAGGCCUCUCACAAGUGACAAGUGUGUGUCGUUCGUCUUUCUUUCUCCCACAGUGGGUGCACAAUUAACUGUCUUACACUUACAUUUACUAAUAAUUACUAAUAAAAUUUUAGAAUACAACUUUUAUCUUGUAAUCCCUGACUUCAGAAAAUUGCAGUGAUUUCCCUUUGUGCCAAAAUUACAUACGAAAUUUUUAGCCUAGAAUUACAGGUACUUCAUAAAUAUUGGACCUAAUGUAUCUUUAUAGCCUGUUUAUUCCUUUGUCUUACCUAUAUUCAGUGUCAGUAACAUGUUUCGUUACUCACCUCUCAGUAUACUUUGGGCUUCCUCCCUUCCCUUGCCUACGACCUUUCUCCCUCCUGAAAUGGCCUUCACAGAGGCUUCUGAGGCCACUGCUUCGCAAACUUGAAUGUGCAUUGAAUUUGCCAAGAGAUAGUCUUAAAAAAUUUGUAGGUCAUGAUUCAGUAGGUCUAGGGUGAGGUGUAAGGUUCUGCAUUUCUAAUAAACUCCCAAGGAAGUUGAUGAUACUGGUCCUCAGACUAUGUUUUGAAUAAUAAGGGACUACAUUUCAGCCUGUAGUAGCUAUUGUUUAUCUCACUCACUUGGAAAUAGUAUAGGGCAAUGAGUUAGCUUAUUUUGAAUUUGAUACUUUUUGUGUGUCUUUUUUCCUUACCUAGAUUGUUUUGCUUGUGGGCAGAUAUUCUAUUUUAUACUAAUUUGCAUCUUUAUAGAUAAUGUUUGCUUCAGAACAGUUGAUUGACAAUUAUAAACAUGACCAUGCACUAUAGUGAUAAAAAAUGUUUCCUAAACUCCCAUAUGCCCUUUAGCUGGUACUAGGACUAGGACCUAAUCCGUCUUCUCCUUCCCCUGAGUAAAGCAGCUUUCCAGUUCUGGUCAUUUCCAGUAUUAAUUCAUUCACUGAUCAGAAAUUUUUUGAGUGCAUACUAAGUACUAGGGCUAAAAGAAUGAACUCAACAAACAGAAAUAUUGUCAUUUUGGUGUCUGUAUUCAAGUGUGAUGAGAGGGAGAGAAAAAGGUAAAUAAGUAAAAUACAUAGGUUGAUAGGUAAGUGCUAUGGAGAAAAAUACAGCCAAGGCAUGGGACAUAGGGGUUAGGAAGUACCAGGAUAUGGGGACAUAAUUUCAAAGGAGGUCAGGGGAGGGCUCACUAGAGGUUACUUUUGAGCAAAAAUGUGCAGGGGAUGAAGAGGAGAGGUGAGUCCACACAUAGAGGGCUGAAGAGGAGGGGCACUUAGCUGGAUGUGUGUCUACCUUGCUAAAGGAUCAGCAGGAAGGCCAGCUGACCAGAGCAGUGAGGGGCAUGAGGUAAGGUUUGGAUGUAAAGGGGAUCAGGUUCUCUGUGGGCCUGUGUGCCACUGGAUGGAUUUUGGCUUUCAUUUAAAUUAUUAAAUUUUCAUUUAAGAUGGGAAGACAUUCAAAGAUUUUCAGCAGAACUAUUGUCUGAGCUGACAUACCUUAUCUAAAAGAUCACUUUGGUUGAGUACUAAGGAUAGGAAAGGACAUGUGUAGAGGAAGAGGGACUGGCAGGGACUACUGUGAUGAGUCUGGCAGGAGGUGAUGGUGGCUUGGAUCAGGAUGCUAGCCAUCAAAGUGGUGAGAAGUGAUCUGAUUAUGGAUAUAUUUUUGGUUGUAAAGCUGGCAGAAUUUGCAGACAUUCUAUGAGGGGUUUGAAUCACUUGGGUAAUUUUUAUUAUAGAAUGAUUGGAAUGUAGCCAUUUCCUUUUCAGUGAAUUAUCUUGUUGCAACCCCACCAUCCACACAGAUACAUCUUAGUACUUCACAGGAUAGCCUCCAAAUAUUUUGUUAAGUACAAGAGAAAAAUAACAAGUGACCUCUCCUAUUCCAUAAGCAGUCAUAAGAAGACAGCAUAAUGCUUUUCAGGCAGCUAUAUUUUUUUAACUUUUCAGUUUGAAAUAAUUAUAGUCUCAGAAGAAGUUGCGAAAAUAGUGCAGAGAGGUCCCAUAUACUUAAAACCCAGCUUCUCCCAGCUGUAACAACUUACAUAACUAUAUAGAACAUUAUCAAAAUCAGUAAAUCGACAUUGUCAUGAUACAGUGAACUAGAUUACAGAUCUUACUCUAAUUUCACCAGUUUUUGCUUACACUCAUUUUCUUACUCUGUAUUUUUAUACAGCAUAGAAUGCAGCCUUUUAGAUUUCAGGUGAGUUACUAAUUAUGGAGUUCUUCUAUACUCGGGCAAUUGUCAUACUUAUUUAUUUCUGUCUCUGCUUAUAUGUUAGGUAACAAUGAGUGUCUUAUGAGUUGUUCUGAGUAUUCCCAAAAUGACUUUAUACAGCAUGGACUGAACCCUUUCCCCUUCUUCUUUCUCUCUUUUCUUCCUGUUUCUCUUUUCUCUUUCCCUGCCCUCCCUUGCUGUCUCAAGUACUACCCAAGGAAAGGGUAGCAGAAGGGUGUUGUUUAGUUUUAAAUUAAAAAAAGAUUGGCUUUGCUUUCUCCACUGUGAAUAAACUUUAAGAGCCUCAUUUCCUAUUCAAUUAAGUCCAUAAAUUCAUAGCUGUUUCACUGGUUCGAAUUAACAAGUUUUGUUUCUGCCACAUAUUGGAAAUCUCUGUGGUCUUUCAUAUUUUAAAAUCUCAUCAAUUCAUUGUUUUUCUCAAUUGUAGCCCAUUAUUUAUCAAAACUUUAUGUUCAGAGCUAUGGUCAGAGAGGAAGGAAAGAGUAAAUUUGUUCCAUAGCAGAAGUUUUGGCAUGGUGCGUGCUAAAUACUCCCUGGGUAUCAUGAACCUGACACUUCCUACUUGUGUGACCUUGGCAGUUGCUUAACUCCUCUUUUUUGAUUUGAUCAUUCUAAAAUGGGAAUAAUAUUAGAGUCAAUCUCCUAGGGCUAUAAUGAAGACUGUCUAUAAAGUACUUAGAAUCAUGUCUAGUAUAUGGUGACAUUAUUUUGUUUGUUAAAAACAAAUAUCUGAAUGUGGAUUUACAUUGGUAUUAGUAAAAAGUCAUUUGGAACAGAAAAUAUGUCACUCUCUUCCAAUUCAUUUAUUUCUUCAGAUAAUUCUAAUUGGGUUAACACAGUACAUUACUGUUAUUUAGUAUGAAUACUGAAUCUUCAAUACUUACAUAAGGAGAGUUACAAUUUUAACUCUUGGGCAGUAUAAAGGACGAGGUCAUACUCAGGAAGAUUUAUUUAAUUCUGGAUUUUCAACUCUGAAAAAAAACCGUUUUUAUUUUUAUCUCUAAUAGAGGCUCAAAAGAUUGUUGUCUAGGUAUUUUUUACACAAAGAGGCAGUAUAAAUUAAUACAGUUUUUUACUUGUUAGAAUAACAAUCACAGCUCCUAUCAGCAAAGAUAUUAAAAGGUAUGUUUUCCCAGACUGUUGCUGCUAGCUUGAUGAUUCAGCUUUUUCCUGGCAAUACUUCCUGCUUGAUCAAUUACUUUUCUUAUUUUAUUUGGGUGUAAGAUACCAUCAUUUUUAUUUGAUACACUGUUUCCCAUCCAGAUAGCAAAUAUAACCAAAUAGUAAUGUUUUAAAAGAUUAAAAACAUAAUUGAAUAUCAGUGUCAUACUGGUGUUUUCUGAGCAGGAAAUACUCACCUGCGUGAAAUUGGUGGGUGGAGCUCUACCAGGGAAGCCUGUUCUGCAAGUGUACGUUUGGGCUGGGGCAGUCCUGUGCUGUUGCAAAGCAGCCCUGCUGAGAGAAGGAGUAAGCUCCCGAAGGCCCGGACUCUCCAGCACACACACAAGCCGGCUCAGCUUGAUGAGGGUCCAAACACAGUGCUGAAAAAACUUCUGAAAGGGGGAGUGAAAACAGAGCUGAGUCUGAAGAUGCUGUGGAUGUUUGGUUGAAGUUAUCCUGUAGCUAAGGUCUGAGCCAGUGUGAUUAUGAUUCAUUUUUUACGCUUUUGCAUGGAAUGUAGAACUGCUGUAUCCUGUCUAAUCUACUGCUAAGUACAAUCAUUUGGACAAUUUUAAGUAUUGGUCCUAAAACCUGUGCCACAGCAAGAGUGUCUAAAAAACACGGCAAGCUCAUUACUUUCUUACGCACAUUCAUGAAGUCUCGUCCAACGAAGCAGAAGCUGAAGCAGCGGGGGAUCUUGAAGGAGAGGGUGUUUGGUUGUGACCUGGGGGAGCACCUUCUGAAUUCUGGUUUUGAAGUACCCCAGGUUCUUCAGAGUUGUACAGCAUUCAUUGAGAGAUAUGGCAUUGUGGAUGGGAUAUAUCGUCUCUCUGGCGUUGCCUCCAAUAUCCAGAGACUGCGCCAUGAAUUUGACUCUGAACAUGUCCCUGACCUGACAAAAGAACCAUAUGUUCAAGACAUCCAUUCUGUGGGUUCCCUCUGCAAGCUAUAUUUCCGAGAGCUCCCAAACCCUCUGCUUACCUACCAGCUGUAUGAGAAAUUUUCUGAUGCUGUUUCAGCAGCAACAGAUGAAGAAAGGCUGAUAAAGAUUCAUGAUGUCAUCCAGCAGCUGCCCCCUCCGCACUACAGAACACUGGAGUUCCUAAUGAGACACUUGUCUCUUCUAGCUGACUACUGCUCCAUCACAAACAUGCACGCAAAAAACCUAGCAAUCGUUUGGGCUCCAAACCUACUGAGAUCGAAACAAAUAGAAUCUGCCUGCUUCAGUGGAACCGCAGCCUUCAUGGAAGUGAGAAUUCAGUCUGUGGUGGUUGAAUUCGUCCUCAAUCAUGUAGAUGUCCUCUUCAGUGGGAAAAUCAGUGCGGUUAUUCAGGAGGGGGCAGCUUCUCUAUCACGACCCAAGUCCCUGCUGGUUUCCUCUCCAUCUACAAAGCUGCUGACGCUGGAGGAAGCCCAGGCACGGACACAGGCUCAGGCCACUUCUCCACUCGUGACUGAAAACAAAUAUAUUGAAGUAGGAGAAGGACCUGCUGCACUUCAGGGAAAAUUUCAUACCAUAAUCGAGUUCCCACUUGAAAGGAGGAGGCCUCAAAAUAAAAUGAAAAAAUCUCCUGUGGGCAGCUGGCGUUCCUUCUUCAACUUGGGGAAAUCAUCUUCUGUUUCUAAACGGAAGUUGCAGCGUAACGAGAGUGAGCCUUCAGAGAUGAAAGCCAUGGCUCUGAAAGGUGGCAGGGCAGAAGGAACCCUCCGUUCUGCUAAAAGUGAAGAGUCUCUUACUUCCCUCCAUGCAGUUGAUGGUGAUUCCAAGCUGUUCCGACCCAGAAGACCCAGAUCUAGCAGUGAUGCACUGAGUGCUUCUUUUAAUGGAGAGAUGCUGGGGAACCGCUGUAAUUCCUAUGAUAAUCUGCCCCAUGGCAAUGAGAGUGAGGAGGAAGUAGGGCUGCUCCAUAUUCCAGCUCUUAUGUCUCCUCAUUCAGCUGAGGAUGUUGAUUUGAGUCCACCAGACAUUGGAGUAGCCAGCCUGGAUUUUGAUCCAAUGUCAUUUCAGUGCAGCCCUCCUAAGGCUGAGUCAGAAUGUCUAGAGAGUGGUGCUUCCUUUUUAGAUUCAUUAGGAUACUCCAAGGAUAAACCAAGUGCCAAUAAAAACGAUACAGAUGCAGGUGGUAGCCAGUCUCAGACUCCAGGAAGCACUGCAAGUUCUGAACCUGUCUCUCCUCUUCAGGAGAAACUGAGUCCAUUCUUUACCCUGGACUUGAGCCCAACUGAAGAGAAAUCAUCUAAGCCAUCCUCAUUCACUGAAAAGGUCGUCUAUGCUUUCUCUCCAAAGAUUGGACGGAAAUUAAGCAAAUCACCUUCCAUGAACAUAUCUGAGCCAAUUUCAGUGACCCUUCCCAUUCGGGUAUCAGAAGUCAUUGGUACAGUUUCAAAUACAGCAGCUCAGAAUGUACCUUCUCCAGCCUGGAACAAAAGUGUCGAGGAAAGUGAUGUCAUAAAUAGAUCCCCCACCCAGGUAGUAAAGAUGAAAACAAAUGAGAGAGAGGCCCAACAAGGAUGUGAGUCUGAAGUCCAGCCCCUGGACCAGGUAGCUGCUGCAGAAGUAGAAUCACCAGGGAAAGAGGAGCAGUCCGUCUCAAGCAGUGAGAGUAAGGCUGUACCUUCUGGACAGACUCAGACAGGAGCAGUUACCCAUGACCCCCCUCAGGAUUCCGUUCCUGUCAGUUCAGUCUCUCUUAUCCCACCACCACCGCCUCCGAAAAAUGUUGCCCGCCUUUUGGCGCUAGCAUUAGCUGAGUCUGCGCAGCAAGCCUCCACUCAGUCAUUGAAGAGACCAGGGACUGCCCAGGCUGCUCACUCAGAUUAUGGAGAUGUAGCAGUGGCUGCAACUGAAGAUAAACUGCCUAGUUCCUACAUUAGUGAUACUCUAGAUAAAGCCUAUUUCCAAACUGAUAGGCCAGCAGAGCAGUUCUACCCCCAGAACAAUAUGUCUGGGAGCUGUGACCAGCCCAUUCUAGAAACAGCAGCUACUGGGAGCCAUAUUCAUUCCAAUGCAGCUGAAUCUGGGGAAGAGCUCCACCAGGCAGACUUACCAGGAAAUCAGCCACAUCGAACCUAUUUAUCUGGGGACCCAGAAAGGGCCAGAAUCACUUCCGUUUUCUUAACUGACUCAAAGUCUGGUGAUCACAUAAGUUUCCCUGCAGACCAGCCUGGGAAGACCAGUAUGCCAGCUGUCUCCUUUGUGGAUCAGGACCAGUCUCAACUUCAUUUCCACAGUGAUGAUCAGCCUCCUCCUUAUCUCGGGGCAAGUGUGGACAAGCCCCGUCACCCUUCAGAACUUGCAGACAAAUUCCCCACACCUUCUAGUUUGUUGAGGGACAAAAUCUACCCUCCUUCUGGGUCCCCUGAAGAGAAUACCAGCACAGCCACCAUGGCUUACAUGACAACUGCUCCAGUAACAGCUGAAAUUAGCACCAGGGAAGCCAGCUGGGAUGUGCUUGAACAACCCACCCCUGCUGAUUUUGCCGCCUCCACCCUUCAGCGCACGCACAGAACUAAUCGUCCCCUCCCCCCACCUCCUGCCCAGAGAUCAACAGACCAGCUGCCUGCCAUGGGGCAGGUACAAGCGGCAGCCAGUGUAGGACUAAGUAAUUCCCACAAGGUUCAAGGAGUAGUUCCAGCUCCAGAGAGGCCACCUGAGCCCAGAGCCAUGGAUGACCCUUUGCCUGUCCUUGUCAGUGAUGGCAGUGGAGCUGCUCAGUGUCCCGCCUCUGCUCCUGCCCUCCAUCCAGGCCUUCCUGAAAAGGUGUGGGAGGGUGCCAGGGCUCCACCACUGCCCCUGCGUGCUGAGUCUGUCCCCGUGUACCCCUCCUGUGGCUUCACAGCACCGGUUCCCCCGACCAGGACCAUGGAGAGUAAACUUGCCACUGCCAUACACGCUGGCAGCUCAGAGGUGGCCAGCACUUCCGGCUGUCGCCCCUUCCUCACCAUGUCCUCAGCCUCUGUGGAUGAAGUCUUGCCUUUACCACUUCCUGUUCCACAACCUAAGCAUGCUUCUCAGAAAACCACUUACUCUACCUUCGCUAGACCUGAUGUCACCGCUGAACCCUUUGGUCCAGAAAACUGUUUCCAUUUCAGUAUGACCCCAAACUGCCAGUACCGUCCCCAGAGUGUACCUCCACAUCACAAUAAAUUGGAGCAACACCAAGUGUAUGGUUCCCGAUCAGAGCCACCAGCCUCCGUGGGUCCUCGUUAUAACACAUACGUGGCCCCAGGAAGAAAUGUAUCCGGACACCACUCCAAGCCAUGCAGCCGGGUUGAGUAUGUAUCUUCUUUGAGCUCCUCUGUUAGGAGUAGUUGUUAUCCUGAAGAUAUUCCACCAUACCCUACCAUCCGGAGGGUUCAGUCUCUUCACUCCCCUCCAUCUGCCAUGAUUCGCUCUGUUCCCAUUUCACGGACAGAAGUUCCUCCAGAUGAUGAACCAUCCUGCUGCCCAAGACCCCUGUACCAGUAUAAGCCAUAUCAGUCCUCGCAGGCCCGCUCAGAUUACCAUGUAACUCAGCUUCAGCCUUACUUUGAGAAUGGCCGGGUCCACUACCGGUACAGCCCAUAUUCCAGUUCCAGUUCCUAUUACAGUCCCGACGGGACCUUGUGUGAUGUGGACGCCUAUAGCACAGUACAGUUGAGGCCCCUCCACCGCCCGCCCAAUCGCGAUUUUGCUUUCUACAAUCCUAGGCUGCAAGGGAAGAAUGUAUGCAGCUACGCUGCUUUGCUUCCACGUCCCCGGGCCAAUAUGACGGGCUAUUUCUCUGGUAAUGACCAUAAUGGAGCCAACAUGCCUCCAGCCACUGAUUUAAAGCACACUUACACAUCAUGGGAUCUUGAGGACAUGGAAAAAUACCGCAUGCAGUCCAUCCGGAGAGAGAGUCGUGCUCGGCAGAAGGUGAAAGGGCCUGUUAUGUCACAGUAUGAUAAUAUGACCCCGGCUCUGCAAGAGGACUUGGGGGGGCUCUAUGUCAUCCACCUACGUAGUAAAUCAGAUCCUGGGAAAACUGGACUUCUUGCAGUGGCAGAGGGAAAGGAAGGGCGGCACCCAGCCAAGGCCGUCAGUCCUGAGGGAGAUGAGCGCUUCUGUAGGAAGCAUCCAGAGCCAGAGCUGGAUAGAGCCCACCCCCACGGAGGAUAUGGCAAUGGACAGUCAGACAAACCAUCUCUCCCUCAGAAGCAAAGUAGCCUCAGGAACAGGAAGCUUCAUGACAUGGGUUGUAGCCUCCCUGAGCACAGGGCACAUCAGGAAGCAAGCCAUAGGCAAUUGUGUGAAUCAAAGAAUGGGCCCCCUUACCCCCAGGGAGCUGGCCAGUUAGAUUAUGGGCCCAAAGGGAUUCCAGACCCUUCUGAGCAAGUAGGCUACCAUAACUCUGGAGGGAAGUACGUUACAUCAGGGCAGGAGUCUUUAAGACUGAACCACAAAGAGGUAAGGCUCUCCAAAGAGCUGGAGAGGCCUUGGGCUAGGCAACCUCCUGCCCAAGAGAAACACUCCAGAGACUGCUACAAGGAGGAGGAGCACCUCACUCAGUCGGUAGUCCCACCCCCUAAACCAGAGAGGAGUCAUAGCCUGAAACUCCAUCACACUCAGAACCUGGACAGGGACCCCAGUGUGCUGUACCAAUACCAAACACACGGCAAGCGCCAGAGCAGCAUGACUAUGGUGCCCCAGUAUGAUAACCUGGAGGGUUACCACUCCCCACCCCAACACCAGCGGGGUGGCUUUGGAGGAGGAGCAAUGGGGGCAUACGUGCCCUCUGGCUUUCCCCAUCCACAAAACAGGACAUAUGCCACAGCUCUGGGUCAGGGGGCCUUCCUGCCCACAGAGUUGUCCUUGCAGCAUCCUGAAACACAGAUCCACGCAGAAUGAGCCCUGGGAGCAAUAGAGAUGAAGCAGCCUCUGCUGGACAGUGGACUGUUCUAUUUUUUUCAGUAACCAAAAACAUUUAAAAAAAAAAAGCUACAAAACUUCAACCACAUUAAAAAAAUAAGAAAAA